AAAAACUCCUGCAUAUUGCCAGAGGAUUUAAAGAACUUCUAUCUGAUGACCGAUGGUUUCCAGAUGACCUGGAGUGUGAAGACCGAUGAUACUCCGAUGCCCCUGGGCUCCAUGGUAAUUAAUAGUGUCUCGAAGCUAUGUCGGCUUGGAGGUUCCUCUAUGUACACUCUGCCUAAUGCACCAACUCUCGCUGACCUGGAAGAUGACACAGAUGAGGAAGGUAAUGGAGACAAACCAGAGAAGCCACACUUUGAUUCUCGUAGUCUUAUCUUUGAAUUAGACCCGUGCAAUGGGAAUGGGAAAGUUUGUCUUGUUUAUAAGCAUGCUAAACCAGUUGUCUCAACAGACACAGAGAUAUGGUUUCUGGACAGAGCUCUGUAUUGGCAUUUCCUCACCAAAACCUUCACAGCCUACUACCGCCUGCUCAUUACCCACCUGGGUCUCCCACAGUGGCAGUACGCCUUCACCAGCUAUGGGGUCAGCCCCCAGGUCAAGCAAUGGUUUAACAUGUAUAAACCCAUAACCAUCAACACAGCUCUCCUCUCUGAAGAAGCUGAUUCCUUUGUGAACAAGCUGGACCCCAAUAAGGUAUUUAAAAGCAAGAACAAAACUCCAGUGAUCAAAAAGAAACCACUGUCCCAGCCAGCAGGCUCCCAAAAGAGUCACACAAGCGUGACCUCCUCCAAGACAUCCUCACUAGCUGGGAAUUCUUCAAGGAAGUGAGAUUCCCCCACAUCUGACCCUGGACAGCAUUUGCAAUAAGCUUUGAUGUUCUCUGACGCAGAGUCUCAGUGGUUCAGACCAAGUUCCUUGUGCAUGAAUAGAUGUGCCCAU